AUGACCCCGGAGGGCGAACAAGCACGCAGGGACGCACAAAACGUCCUCGCCGCCAACCCCCGGAGCCGGCAGAUUCAGGCCUCGAAGCAGCUCAUGCUCGGUGACCCUAACUCCGAGGCCUCCGAACCGCCGAUCACCGAAACAGGAACCGGAAGCCCUGUCGGCGACGCGAUACUCGCCGAUCAAACCCAGGAGCCGAUCACCUCGAACAUCGGCGGGCGGGACUACACCCACCGAACCUGCGGACCCGGCAGAUUCAGACCUCGGCCAGCUCAUGAGCCGAUCACUUCGAACAUCGGCGGGCAGGACUACACCACUGAACCCGCUGUCAGCGACGUCUCGUUCACGGACGAAAACGGAACCAACUGGUCCGGCACACCUUCGAAGGUGCCGAACGUGUGGAGCUGGACGUACACCGACGCGCAGGGAGAAGAGCACGACCUGCAGGUCACCUACGACGAGCAGGGACGCCCCUACCAGGUUUUCGACCAUUCCAACUCGGAACUGUCCUUGUACGAUUGGAGCACCGGCGAACCACUUCGUCGUCCCCCGCUGCGCGGGGCCCGUCUGGCCGUCGGCGCGAUCCGGGCUGAAGACCUGAUCGUCUCGAACCGGACAACACCCACCCGGCCCCCGGUUACUUCACCAUCGACCCCUGCUCAAAACAUUCCCCGGCCGGGCACACUGCCACCGCGCGGCAUACCCGUCAUCGACGGCACAGUUCCACCUGCCGAACAUGACCACCCCACGAUCCCUUCCGUGAAUGAACCCGCACGCCCCGGAUCCCACGAUUCCGGAACCCUCGCAACCCACUUCGCCCGGCGAUCCCGACCGCGGCCAGUGGGAACCAUCCACGCCGGGGAGAUCGGUGAUCCAGGGCCGAACCUGACACCAGGAAUUUCUACCCCGAAUGUUCCCUCGCCAGGUCAGGUCGAGGAACCGAGUGCGCCGACUCUGCCCGAUGUCGGGCAGGUGCCGGUGAAUCCGGACGCUCCCGGCGCUCCGCAGCAACCCGGACUACCGGAAUUCGACCCCUUCGCCACCGAUCCGGAGCACCAUUCCCAGCCCUGGCGUCAUCGAGGAUCCGACGCAGCGACCCGCGGUCACGAUGCCUCCCACACAGCC